AUGUCGCUUUCCAUGUCAUUUUCCGCGUCAGCAUCCGCAUCCGCAUCCACGUCAGCAUCCACGUCAGCAGCCACGUCAGCAUUUGCAGGGAAUCCGGGAGGGCCUGUUCCUCCAGCGAGGAUCGAUCUAGCUGCUGCACCCAGAGGCACGUUUGACCCCACCGAUGAGAAGCUCCGGGCUGCUGCCACCACCUUUGAACGCGCCCUCACUGCUUCCACUGUGGAGGAGGAGGAGGCGCUAUGGACGGUGGUGAUCGAAUCGUGCGAGCGGGCAGGCAAUGCCGAAUGGGUGCCAGACAUUGCAUCGAGAGCGCUGGGCAACCGAGGCAACGCACGGUCGAGACAGGGAAGACUGGUGGAGGCUCUAGGGGACUACAACGCUGCCAUCGCCUACGCUCCCUAUGCAGUUGACCCAGUCCUCAACCGGGGCGUGGCGCUGGAGUCGCUGGGGCGCUUCCAGGAAGCUGCGGCUGAUUACUCUGCCGUGCUGGCAGUAGCGCCUAACGACCCUGCAGCGUGGAACAACCUGGGCAACGCACAGGCAGGUGUGGGGGCGUGGGGGGAUGCAGUGGAGAGCUACAGGCGGGCCAGCAUGUUGGCUCCGGUCUUCUCCUUUGCUGCUGCCAAUUACGCUCUCGCAUUGUACGAGGUGGGAAACGACAACGCUGCUAUCAAACAGAUGAGGAACCUUCUCCGAAAGUACCCUGAGUUCCCCGACAUGCGAGCAGCACUGGCAGUGGCACUCUACGCAGCGGGACUGAGAGCCGAAGCUGAGAACGCCUGGAGCAGAGUCGACGACGGGCGCAAACGCGACCGCGAGUGGGUAUGCUGGUAUCGCCGCUGCCCUCCUGUCUGUCCUCCCGGCAUCUCCUCCCUGCCUUCCAGGCUCCAUCUGUCUCCCCCCAACGCUCUUCUCCCCACCUCCUCCCUCCACUUCCCUCCCCCAUCCUCCCAUCAGGAUGGGCGUUAUCGCGAUCGCGAGUGGGUGAGCGAGUACCGCCGCUGGCCCCCUCGCCUCGUUUCAGAGCUAGCUGCCUUCCUUGACCUCAAGCCAGUGUAG